AUGUGUACACCGUCAACCUCGAAGCAACCAGCGUGCGGAUGGAUUGUGCCACCACGUAUUGAUGAUUUCUCAACAUAUGUGUUCCUGGUGCUUCCCACUGGACGACUGAUCCCAGGCAAGGCCACUAUUGGGGGCAACUCCCUCGCCUUUUUGGCCAUGGAAACCCAAUCUUACAGCUAUUCAACCAACUUCUGCUCUAACUCUAGCCAUACAUCCCUCUUAAACCUCUACUGCAUAGAUUGUGUAACCGUUCAUUCAUGCUUAGAAGAACCCAGAUUUCAGCAUGACGAGCUUAUCAUUCUGCGAGCCUUAGGUGUAGCCCCUGAUGAUACGACUCUUUCAGCGAUUAAUGCUGAGUUUAAGGCUCAUAAAGGCCGGGUUAAAGACGAGUCUUGCCCGCUAAACUUCUAUCACUGCUUUGGGGCUAUCAACCCCUGCCGCUCCAAGAAAACCAAGUACAGAGUGCUCAAUCUCUCCUUUCUACGUAAAAUAAUCAGCUACCGAUCUAGCUACCUACUUUCAGACAACUGCAAGGUUAAGUCCAACAGUUUUCUUAGCUCGCCAAUCUUGAUUGAUCGGUUUUCACAACUGGUGACAGCUCGAAGCGGUGUACACAGAUACCUGAAAAUUCGAUUAUAUGACGAAUCAGUGUUAAUCUUUUUUGGUCUGCCUCGCAAGAUAGAUGCCCUAAUGAACCAACUUAAUAAAACUUUACUUAGUUCACAUACCCUACAGGUUGGUAAAAAGAUUUCAACGUGGGAGCCCCGAAAAACUUCGUUGACAGCCUAUUUUCCAAACGCCACGGAGGUGGUUCCCUCUCAAAAUACUGAAACCCAACAUACUUCCAAAGAUGGUGGUCACAAUAAAGGCGAAAGCAAUCACGAUUUAGGAAGUAACUUUUCUAUUGUAACAAAUAGGCGAGAUCCGUCCCUGCCUAUAAUAAGGUCUGCAUCUCAAAUUGCCAUCUCCACCAGUCUCGAGUACACAGGAGAGCACGAGGUAUCGCAUGCAGAGACCGAGAUGACACACGGUGCAUCUUCAAUGAGCCACAUCCCCUCCUUUGUAUCCGCACGCAGUGCCAGUAUAGGACCUAGAACAGUCAAGUUUCAAAGUCCCGUGGAGACAUCUAUGGUGAAGGCAGAGCCAGAUAGGUUCAACAUAGGAUUUCUCUCGCAACCCAAUCUUGACCCCAUAAGUCAAGGCUUUGGGACUAAGCACGGUAAACAGGCUUCUUUCUCGGGAAAACACUUUCCAACAGAAGGAUCAAGUCAUGUCUCAUCUGUGCAGGAAUCACAGUCUUCGGACACCAUCACAGAGGACAGCAACCAGGACAACGUAAGGGGGCCAACAAAUUAUUUAAGUUCGUCCGGAACAGAAGACUUUACAAUGUAUGUCUACGAACCAUGCCUUGAUGUCGAUUCGGAGAUUCUCCGCCGCAGGUGUCGUAAAUUUAGAAGCAAGAAGCUCGUUACCAUGACAGCAAGAGAAAAGGCUAUUAUCCAAGCAGAUAGCAAUAGUAUUCUUUCCUAUAUGACCAGCAAGACAGAAAAGGAGGCUAAGCGAAACAUAUAUGAUAAGAAGUACAGUAGCUCCUCCAAACCUCUGUGGCCUGGUACCUCAGAUUCGGUAUAUAUCAGUUUAAAGCAAUUCUGUGCAUCGUCUAAGACCAGAGAGAAACAGUUUUUCAAAUCGAUAGACUCAAAGUUAUGGAAAACGCCUGAAGACAGUAUAGCAAAGCAGCGCCAUAAGAACAAGGAUCUCAGUGACUCCGACCUGGCCAUUGAUCUUCCAGUAAUGUCGCUGCUUCAAGUAAGACCAUCGAAACAUAUGCGCAAGUCCUUUUCGCGUGAAAAUAUUGAGAGUCUUCAGCAGGGGAUAGAAUCGCUUAACGAUAUGCUGAAGCACGACAGUAUUGUGGUGGGAUCCAGUAUCAUGCAGACAGUUUAUAACACACACAAGACAAGAAAGGGGGCACCAAUCAUACCAACAAAUCGAGGUGCCCACGGGAUCCUCUCAAUAGAGCGCCAGACCCUUGAAAGGGGUCUUGCAGACGUAAUAAAAGAAUGCAUGGACGCUAUCUGCCUUCAAAUAACGAACAGCGAUAUCCGAAAGAGCUUGGAGAUUGAGCGUAUGCGCCGAGGCUCCCUGGAGUACGUAUCAGAUGGUAACCUCGUUGUGGAGAGCAGUAGUUCUCGUAUUGACGAUAGCGACAAUGACUCGGCUGUUAAUACCCGUGUCGUGGGAGGCUUUUCCCUCGCAAUGCUUUACUUUGAUCCAGAACGAGAUGUGGAUACAACAUCUAAGUCUCUUUGUAUUCGCCAGCUGGCCGCAGCAAGUGCCUGUUCUAAUCUGACCUCACAUGGCAUGACCUGUAAUAUAACCAAUUCAACAACCAAGACAGGCGAUGGAGUCUUCCAACUGGAUCGUAGGUCUAAGCUCUUAACAACGCCUUUGAUAAAAGAACUUCUGGUGCACUUACCUCCUGAGUACCAUUCGAUGGGUACCUCAAUCAGCAAGUACAAAGUGGCAGUCAUAUAUAGUAUGAACUUCGACGGAAGGCACCUCUCACAUCUCUAUGCAGCAAUGAACAAGUGUGCUCGAGGAGAUAUUCACGUCGGUUCUCCCAGCUCCACGCAGAGAUUGGUUUAUGACACUGCAUCCCUUCUCCUUAUCCAGACUACUAAUAUGCAGGUAUGCGGUGUCUUCAUGACACAGCCUGUAGGCAUGAUUGGAAUCCCUAACGGGACCUCUGAUAACUUUGUGUUUUCCCACGAGACGCGAGGCUCUGUAGAAGACUCGAGUCAAGCAACAAAGGUCUAUCAUACGACUGGAAAAAACACCAUAUUCCAAGUUAGACAAGAGGAAAUGCUGACCUUUGGUGCUGGGGGUGGAAGCGCUGUAGUUCUUUAUGGAGACAUGUAUUAUGCUCAGACAGGUCAGUCGGAGACAUAUGGAAAUGACUUCUUAUUUUCUGGAGAAGACUUUCCUCGGUUUAAGAGGCAGCAAGUAUUAAACGUUGAGCUUCUUUCUUUUAUUCGUUUAAAGAAUAAAUAG